AUGUCCCUGGCAUCAUCAGAGGCUCAAUGCAAGUUAUUGGGUCCGUUUUCAUUAAUAGUACAGUCCCUUUUAGGUCUUCUAUCGUUAUCAUCAUUGAUUUAUAAAAGAUACAAGGAGUAUCCUAAUAGAAGACCUUGGAAGGUUUGGUUUUUCGAUGUCUCCAAACAGGUUUUUGGUGCCAUUGGAAUCCAUUUCUUAAACUUGCUCUUGAGUAUAUUAGGUGGGUCGUCAUCCUCUACUGAUCCUGAAGCUACCCCACCUGUGGAUAUAUCGCCAUUUGCUUUCAAGCAUCACACAUCUGAAAAUGGUAUGCUGCCCUCUAGUUCAUCCGUGGCUCAUGAAUCAACAGGGGUUUCCACCAUAAACUUCUACUUGAACAGUGACAACGACAUCUCAAACCCAUGUAAUUGGUACUUUUUGAACAUUUUGUUUGACACCACUAUUGGGGUACCUAUUCUUUGGGGAUUAUUAUACGUUAUUUUUAAUUGUGCCAAAAAGGCUGGCAUUGAAGGAAUUAAUUCAGGACAAUACGGGAUUCCCCCAAGAAUGUCAAGCUACGUGAAGCAGCUUAUCCUAUACUUUAUCGGGCUUUUCUCCAUGAAGCUAUUGGUUUAUAUUCUUCUUAUGUCGGUUCCAAUUUUCGAAGAUACUGCCGAUUGGUUGUUGUCGGUGUUUGAUCCAUUUCCAAGGAUGCAAGUGUUUAUGGUAACCUUCGUUACCCCCUUGGUUAUGAAUUCGUUACAAUAUGUGCUAAUUGAUAACAUUAUUCAAAGCCCAGAAUAUAAAAAACCUAAAGCUAUAGGCAUCCCUUACGAUAUGGAAUCAAGCGAGACUUUAUUCGACAAUGAACAGGAUAAUGCGGAAUUGGCUAGAGCUAACCUCCCAGAGGAAGGCUUACUAGGCCAGCCUGAACCAGAAGUGUUGGAAGGAGAGUUUCUCAAAGAGAUUUGA